AUGGUUGGAAGCACUGGGAAAAAUCAAGUUGGCCCGAUAGUCGGGUGGGCGGAGGGUUAUCUGCGUCUGAAGAGACCGCUGAAAACUACAUUGGAACAGUGUGUGGAUCUGGGCUACCAUUCGAUGAGCGGCGGUUUUAUUGCGACUGCUUACAUGAAUCUGCUGAGAAGCACGAUCGACAUCGAGACAGUGCUACCAGAGGAGGCAGUAGCCUACUGCUGUUAA